AUGAAGAAGAGGGGGAAGAGCCCCCGCUUGUUCCUGGUCGCGGGAGACGAGGCAUCGCUCGCGGGGAAGGAUUUCCUGCUGAGCAAGGCGGCGGAAGACGUGGCGACGCCGGCGACGAAGAGUCCCCCACUGCGCGGGGCGGCGGAAGGCGCGGCGUCACCGACGACGAGGGAUCCCCCACUGCGCGGGGCGGCGGAAGUCGCGGCGACGCCGGCGACGAAGAUUCCCCCACUGCGCGGGGCGGCGGAAGGCGUGGCAACGCCGGCGACGAAGAGUCCCCCACUGCGCAGGGCGGCGGAAGGCGCGACGUUACCAACGACGAGGGAUCCCCCACUGCGCGGGGCGGCGGAAGGCGCGGCGUUACCGACGACGAGGGAUCCCCCACUGCGCGGGGCGGCGGAAGGCGCGGCGACGCCAGCGACGAAGAUUCCCCCACUGCGCGGGGCGGUGGAAGACGCGGUGACGCCGGCCACAACGGGUCACCCACUGCGCGGGAAGAAGGGAAGCAGGGGAUCAACAAGAGGGAUGAGGAAGAGCGGAUCCGCCAAGGAAAAGCGCGAGAGGAAGGCGAAGAACACCGGGAAAGAGAGCUCUCACCUGCAGGACCGCGCGGAGGAGUACGGCGAGGGAGCGGCAGAGGAGAGGAGUGCCGAUCGAAGGCGCGCCAAGGAGGCGGGACAAGUCGAGGGGCACUGGUGGGUGUCUUCCACUCACCUGAACCAAGGCCAGGGUAUGACCGCCGACGACGCAUGGCGUUGGGCGGGGAUCGGCACCCGGAUCAGGAAAGGCGAGAAGAAGAGCUGGAUGACGUGGGACGGCAUCAGAGAGCACACCACGAGUGGGAAGAAAGGCGUGGCGGAGAAGGACGCUACAAAGACAAGGGAAGACGUUCACCGAACGGUUCAACAGCAAGGGAAGGAGGUCGGCUGCGAGAAGAGCGAGAGCGGCAUCAUCAAGGGCGGUCUCCUGCGCAGAGAGAGCGGCAAUGGGGCGAUCAAGAACGACGCAGGGGAGGUCAGGAAGGGUGGAGGAGGAGUCAGAGCCCGAGUGGAAUAA